GCAUCCUUGGGUUCAGUGUAGAUUGAAGAAUAGCUUGGAGCCUGUAGGAUCUCACAGAGAUGAAAGGUUUCCUAUGCUUGCUGGCCGUAGGCCUGUACCUGUGUUUGCAAAGACAUGUAGAUGCUGAGCUAACUUUGAGUCGGAGUUUCAUUGAAAGAGCUGUGAGAGAUGCAAAGACUCAAGUGGACAAGGACUAUUCAUAUUCCAGAAAGGAGAGCAUUAAACGCGUGCAGCAGCAAACAGCCACACCUGCAGACAUCCUCCGUCUGGUGAAGCAGCCUGUAGGUGCGACUCGCCAAGCAGUGCGUGCCGCUGACUACAUGGACAAUGCCAUCAAACUGAUCCAGAAGAGGUCUCUCGGCCAACACCACAUCCAAAAGCGCUCCAUCAAUGCCACAGAUCUGAUCUCUGAGGAGGAUCUGGAGGUCAUUGCUAAACUGACAGGCUGCUCCCCCAGAGAACAUAUGCCUUCCUGUGAAACAACAGCCAACGUAAACACGUUUCGCACCGCAACCAGCGUUUGCAAUAACAGACUAAACCCUCGCCAAGGAGCUGCCAACACACAGCUCACCCGCUGGCUCCCUGCUGAGUACCAGGAUGGCAUGUCUCUGCCUAAAGGCUGGGACCUGGACGUCACAGUCAACAAUCGUCUUCUUCCACUGGUAAGAGAAGUGUCCAACCGCAUCUUGAGGACAGCCAAUUCUGAUGUGGACAGUGACCCACUGUACACGCACCUGGUGACUAUCUUUGGCCAGUGGACAGACCAUGACGUGACCUUCACCCCUCACUCUCCAUCCAUCCGUUCAUUCAGCAACGGCAUUGACUGUGAAGAGAGCUGUGAUCGCACAGAGCCCUGUUUCCCUAUCACGAUCCCUGAGCAAGACCCCCGCUUUGGCAGAAACUCAGAUCAGUGCAUCCCCUUCUUCCGCUCAGCAGCAGGUUGUGGCUCAGGCACCACAGGCUACCUCUUUGGUAGGGGGACUGUGCGUCAGCAGAUGAACUCCCUUACAGCGUUCAUUGACGUGGGCCAGGUUUACGGUUCAGAAGGCGUUAAAGCUCGUAACCUCCGUGACCUUACCAAUGACAAAGGCUUGCUGAGGGUCAACACUGAAUAUACUGACAAUGGUCGUGAACUCCUGCCCUUCAGCACAAUGGGUGCGAACAUGUGUGCCACCCGAGCCCGGAUGACUAAUGAUAGCACAGCUCAGGAGGUGCCCUGCUUCUUAGCUGGCGAUGAGCGCUCCAACGAGAACAUUGGUCUGACCUCCUUGCACACACUGAUGCUACGGGAGCACAAUCGUCUGGCACGUGCCCUAGCCAACCUUAAUCCCAGCUGGAGCGGUGAGAGACUUUACCAGGAAGCACGAAAGAUCAUGGGAGGCCUCCUUCAGGUCAUUACCUACAGAGACUACCUGCUACACAUUGUCGGUCCAGACUUCAUUGCCAGACAGUUGUCUAACUACCCUGGGUAUGAUGAGGACAUAGACCCCAGCAUCAGCAAUGUGUUCGCCACAGCUGCCUACCGAUUCGCUCACCUGAUGGUUCAGCCGUUCAUGUUCCGCCUCAAUGAGGAGUACAGGGAGCACCCCAUGUACCCCAGCCCACUGCUGCACAGAGCCUUCUUUGCACCAUGGAGAGUGAUCUUUGAAGGUGGUCUGGACCCAAUCCUGAGGGGGCUGGUGGGUCGUCAAGCCAAGCUGAACACACAAGAACACAUGAUGCAUGAUGAGCUGAGGGAAAGGCUGUUUGAAUUUUCCUCUCAUUUGGCCUUGGAUCUGGCCUCUCUUAACCUGCAGAGAGGCAGAGACCAUGGACUCCCAGGCUACAACAAAUGGCGCCAGUUCUGUGGACUUUCACAACCAAGAAAUCUAAGACAGCUUGCUAGGGUUUUGAACAACACUGACCUGGCCAGGAGUCUGCUCGAGCUCUAUGGCACACCUGACAACAUUGAUGUAUGGCUGGGUGGAGUGGCUGAGCCCUUUGUUCGCGGAGGCAGGGUGGGGCCCUUGUUUGCCUGCAUUAUUGCCACUCAGUUCCAGAGGAUCCGUGAGGGUGACAGAUUCUGGUGGGAGAAUGAAGAUGUCUUCACUGAGGACCAAAGGGAGUCCCUAAGAAAGGCAUCACUUGCACGCAUAAUUUGCGACAACACUGGUAUCACUGAAGUUCCGGAGAGACCUUUCCAGUACCGUCCCCGGGGGUUUGGUUAUACCAACUGCGAGGACAUCCCUGCCUUUGACCUCAGUCCAUGGAAGGAUAGUGAAGAUUCUGAAGAAGGGCAACGUGGACCACGAGGACCACGGGGACCUAGAGGGCCACCUGGCCCCCCGGGACCACCUGGCACCAGUCCAGUGACGGUUGCUUUCGCUGUGCGACUGGGCAAUAACUUCCCCACAGCAGGUCAGCCCAUCGCCUUCCGUGAGGUCAUCUACAAUGGACAGAACAGCUAUGACGUCAACACAGGCUAUUUUACCUGUGAGGAGCCAGGAGUCUAUGAGUUUGAGUUUCACAUCACUAUUAACCAGAAAAAUGCCAAUGUGGAUCUGAUGCGUAAUGACGACCUGGUGGUCCACUCCUUCACGACCCACCAGAACGGCUUCAUCACAGCCACUGGGGGCACCUACAUCCAGCUCAAUAAAGGAGACAAGGUCUGGCUGGUGGCCAAUCACGGUGCCAAUGGUGUGACCAAAGACAGCUACUUCUCAGGGCACCUGCUGUUCAAAGUCUAAGCGUUUCUUAGACUGUUGUUUACCCCUGUGACAUCCUGUCAACAUCGUUGACAUGAACACACAAAAUUUAAAAAGAAUGUCACUGUAUGAUGUUAAUGCUUUGUUGCUUUGUUAUGUCAAAUGAGAUAUUGUACCAAAAUGCACUGAAACGUACCAUGGUUAUAGGAAAGAAGGGGCAAAGCUUAUUUUACCUUUCUUUUCUUCUGCCUAACACUGAAUUGUACUGACUGCUCUGAUAAUUGAUAUUUUCUUUGUAGCAGUUGAUAUAUGGAUUUUUUUUUCCUCUUUUAAUGAUGUGUUUUUCUCAGCUUUUAAAAACGUCAUUGCUAAAUUCACUUUCAAGGACCACACCAUCAACUAGAGGCA